AUGGAUUCUCUCACGCCCCAGCCCAACUGGAAAGAGAUCGUGAACCGGAAACUCCGCUUUCCUCCCCCGCUGCUCGGUGCUAUCCAGGAGGGUCAGCUGGGCUUGGUGCAGCAGCUGCUAGAAUCCGCAGGGACGGAGGCAAGUGGGGGUGGGGGAAGCGGGGGGCCACAACGUCAUCUGGAGGAGGCAGAGGACCGCUCUUGGAGAGAGGCGCUGAACCUGGCCAUCCGGCUGGGCCACGAAGCCAUCACUGAUGUUUUGCUGGCCCAGGUCAAGUUUGACUUCCGGCAAAUCCACGAGGCUCUCCUGGUGGCAGUGGAUACAAACCAGCCCACAGUGGUGCGCCGCCUGCUGGCCAGGCUGGAGCGUGAGAAAGGCCGCAAGGUGGACACCAAGUCCUUCUCUCUGGCCUUCUUUGAUUCGUCCAUUGAUGGGUCCCGGUUUGCGCCUGGUGUUACACCACUCACACUGGCCUGUCAGAAGGACCUGUAUGAGAUUGCCCAGCUGCUCAUGAGUCAGGGCCACACUAUUGCCCGUCCCCAUCCCAUCUCCUGUUCUUGUUUGGAGUGUAGCAACGCCCGCCGCUAUGACCUGCUCAAGUUCUCUCUCUCCCGAAUUAACACCUAUCGGGGCAUUGCCAGCCGUGCCCACCUCUCCCUGGCCAGCGAGGAUGCCAUGCUGGCUGCUUUCCAGCUCAGUCGAGAGCUCAGGCGUCUGGCCCGCAAGGAACCGGAGUUCAAGCCCGAGUACAUCGCCCUGGAGCAACUGAGCCAGGACUACGGAUUUGAGCUGCUUGGAAUGUGCCGCAAUCAGAGUGAGGUCACUGCCGUACUCAACGACCUGGGUGAAGACAGUGAAACUGAGGCAGAGGGCCUGGGCCAGGCCUUUGAGGAAGGAAUCCCCAACCUGGCUCGCCUUCGCCUAGCUGUCAACUACAACCAAAAGAGGUUUGUAGCCCAUCCCAUCUGCCAGCAGGUCCUUUCCUCCAUCUGGUGCGGAAACUUAGCUGGCUGGAGGGGCAGUACCACGAUCUGGAAGCUGUUUAUCUCCUUCAUCAUCUUCCUCACCAUGCCUUUCCUCUGCCUGGGCUACUGGCUGGCACCCAAGUCAAGGCUGGGUCGUCUGCUGAAGAUCCCAGUGCUCAAAUUUCUUCUACACUCAGCCUCCUAUUUAUGGUUCCUCAUCUUUCUGCUGGGAGAGUCACUGGUCAUGGAGACUCAGCUGGGCACCUUCAAGGGUCGCAGCCAGAGUGUCUGGGAAACCUCGCUGCACAUGAUCUGGGUUGCAGGCUUCCUGUGGUUCGAAUGUAAGGAGGUAUGGAUUGAGGGCCUGCGAAGCUACUUCCUGGACUGGUGGAACUUCCUGGACGUGGUCAUCCUGUCCCUGUACCUGGCUUCCUUUGCCCUCCGAGUGCUCCUGGCAGUGUUAGCCUGGCUGCACUGCCAGGAUGCUCCAGACGGUGCUGCCUGUCACUACUUCACCACAGCUGAGCGCAGCAAGUGGCGCACAGAAGACCCCCAGUUUGUGGCUGAAGUCCUGUUUGCCAUCACCAGCAUGCUCAGCUUCACCCGCCUGGCCUACAUCCUGCCUGCCCAUGAGUCUCUGGGCACCCUGCAGAUCUCCAUUGGCAAGAUGAUUGACGAUAUGAUCCGGUUCAUGUUCAUCCUUAUGAUCAUCCUGACGGCCUUUCUUUGUGGCCUCAACAACAUCUAUGUGCCCUACCAGGAGACAGAGAGGCUGGGCAACUUCAAUGAGACAUUCCAGUUUCUCUUCUGGACAAUGUUCGGUAUGGAAGAACACAGUGUGGUGGACAUGCCCCAGUUCCUGGUGCCUGAGUUUGUGGGCCGUGCUCUUUAUGGCAUCUUCACCAUCGUCAUGGUCAUCGUGCUGCUCAACAUGCUCAUUGCUAUGAUCACGAACUCUUUUCAGAAGAUUGAGGAUGACGCUGACGUGGAAUGGAAGUUUGCCCGUUCCAAGCUCUACCUGUCCUUCUUUCGGGAGGGCUUGACACUGCCGGUUCCCUUCAAUAUCUUGCCCUCACCGAAAGCCUUCUUCUAUCUGCUCAGGAGGAUCUUCCGAUUCUUUUGUUGCUGCUGCUGCAAGAACAAGGAGCCUGCCUAUCCCCCCAUCCCCACCUUCGCAAACUCUGGGGUGGGGGCCGGGAAAGAGGAAGGUGAGGGUGGCUCCUACCGAGUCCGAGUCAUCAAGGCCUUGGUGCAACGUUACAUUGAGACUGCCAGGCGUGAGUUUGAAGAAAGCCGUCGGAAAGACCUUGGCAACCGACUCACAGAGCUGACCAAGACAGUGUCCAGACUGCAGAGUGAGGUGGCUGGAGUAAGGAAGACACUGGCUGAGGGUGGAACUCCCCGGCUCCCUGAUGGCGUCAGUGUCCUGAGCCGUUAUAUAACUCGUAUCCGAAAUAGCUUCCAAAAUUUAGGACCCACCAUCCCUGAGACCUCUGAAGUGAGAGAAGGAGAGGAGGAAAUGGGAUAUAGAGUGCCUGAGGAACUAGAGACACAGACAUCUGAAGAGAAGGGGAGCCAGGAGUCUAGAGCCCCAGAGUUAGGAACUCAGGAUACUGAAGAACAUGCAACUCAGGAAGUUGAAAGGGCCAGGACUCAGGCAUUUGGGGGCUCCUACAAAAUUUCUGCUGCCCAGGUGGAGAUUCACAGGGGGUUUAGGGAAGAGGGGGAUGUGAAUGUGCCUCCAGAAGAAGGUCUAGUGGCCAGGCACGAUCCCCCAGCCUCAGGAGCUGAAUAA